GAAAUCACUCAAAGAGCAUCACCAAAACAAUUUUUCUCAGGCAUACCAACAAUAAACCAUCAAAAUCAUUGCAGUCGUCUUCCCGAAGCCACGACCUGAAAAUUCCACCGUUCUUUCGAAUUCAUCGCCGUGUAGUUUGGUUUCAAAUACACAAUGAAUUCUUCUGGCAACAACAACGGGUAUGGAAGGGGAGGAGACGGACAUGCAGAAUCUACGACCGGAACGAAGGAGCAGCAGCAACCCGUCGUGUCAUUGCUGGAAAAGUAUUCCAGCCUUCAUCGAGGAAUCGAUGAAGCUCGAAAGGAAUACGCCGAAAAGCAGAUGGAAAUCGAAUCCAUCGAGGGGAAAAUCCAUCGGCUGGUAAGCGUUGAUGGUCCUGAAACCGAAGCGGCCACGGAAAAGGCCAUCCAAGAACGGGACGAUCUCCUGCGAACACUCGAGGAACUUACGACGAAGGAUCUCGUGGAUGCCCAAGAUCGAGAAUUCCGGGCCCAAACGAAGCUCGCCCUCGCUCGGUCCAAGGAAGAAAAGGCGAUACAAGCAGCACAAGACGAUCAGACCAAUUUUCUUCUCGAAUGCAAAACCUUUCGUGAGAAGAUACGGACCCUGAUCCUUCGGGGGGAAUUGUACGAUUUCAAAUCUCGGCUCGCUCCCAUAGGAGCGCAUAUCAUCCUUGGUGGCAACCAUACAGUCUUCUCGGGAAGCCAGCGAGAGGACGACACCAAGAACGGAACUGGCAAUGACAGCAGCGAGAACUUCCAACUCCUCUGCGAUUUACUGCUCCAAGAGGCGAACAAAAACAACGACAACUACGAAGAAGACGAGGAACUUCAAGAAUUGCUACAGCAGCUUCGAACACAAAAAGAGAAAACCAAGAAAUCCCGCCAAGCAUGGGAAGAAGCAACGCAGAAAUUAUCCAGCGCACAGCAAGCCAUGGAGAAGAGAGAAAAUCAGAAGAAGGAUUUGCAAUCGCAGUGCGAGAGACUCGAGAAGGAUGUCUUUUACGUUCAAUCUCAAAUCGAUUGUUUGGAUCGGCUAACAAAAGAGGCACACGAAUCGGCGGCAGACUUUCGCAAUGGUACGCAAAAACAAAACAAGUCUGGUUCCUCUAUACCUUCCUUCACUUGCAACGUACAGUAGCUCACAAAACACGUCGAUUUUUAUUCAAUCUCGUGCUUGGUGUUGGAAAGACAUGGAGCGACAUGCUCAAAAGCAAAGUUCCUCCAGCAUUACCACACCUCUAGCACCUGAGCGUACAACAGUCACAGCAGAAGCAGGUGCACAAACGACUGCUGGCAACCAUUGUAGCUCGGCCAAUGCCAUAAGGAAAAAACAGACCGCACCGUAUAAUCCUUAUGCAGUUGCCAAUCGAAAAAGGCAUACAGCAUCGGCAUCGGCAUCGACAUCUACGCCGGAGCUUACCGGCACUUCCAGGACUAUCAGUCCUGUAGCUGCACUAGAUACAACCGACAAGAACAAUGGAAAUCAUCCCCAUCGUGCUCCAGCAGAUGGAAACGGCGAUCGGUCGUCUUUCAAUUUUUCUCCCAAUAGUCUCCCAUCGGGACAGCGCCUUCGCUCUUCGCGGCACUUCGGAAGAUCGUCCUUUCGACCUCCGGGUGAAUCAUUGAUGAGAAUCGCGGCCAGUGCUAGCGGGAAUGGCAAUACCAGCGCCGGUCACAAUAAAAUCGAACACAGAAACGACAACGCUGAAUUCAAGCCCGUCCCGUCCGAAUCUACCAAGGUUUCGCCGUGGGAGAGACGAGGGCCGAAGCGAGGCACUUCUUCGAAGCGUCUCCGAAUCGACGACAGCGACGACGACGACAGCGAAGAAAAUGGUGACGACAGCUCGUGGCUGAAUGCAGCGCCUGCCUUCUCUGCGGCGAAAAAGUCCAAAUCGAGUGCUUCAGAGAGUCGUACCAGGGUCGAACACUAGUACGCAUUAUUACAUCUAACGAGCUGGCAUUGAUAUUUCCAUCGCUACUGCUGCUGCUGUAGCCAAAGCCGUUAUUGUUGUUGAUGUCAACAUCAAUGUUGCUGCUGCUUCGAAACAAUCGACAGCUCUUGAGACAAUCGAUGCUUGCUCGUUGUCAACACAUGACACCCUCCUUCCAAUAGUAGCGGUUCAGCUCCUCAUGCCCGUUCUUGCUGUUGUCAUAGCUGAGCGUAGGAUUGCCAUCAAGAUGUUAUCAUUGUCGUUAGGGUCUACUAGAUUUUGGCGUUACAACCCCGAAGAAAUCUUAUAAGUAGUC